AUGGAGGACACAUGGCGCGUCACGACUACGGUGAACGCCGCCUACUUGGCCAGCGCCUUCGGUGAUCGGCUUUGGAUGUUCACCGUGGGUAUCCUGAUGGCCGAUAUCGGUGGCAUGAGUUGGGUGGCCAUUCAACAGCUAGUUGACAGUCUUGCAAAGUUGGCACUUCUGCCCUCAGUCGGCGCAUUACUCGACAAGAUGAACAGGAAUCGAGCAAUUCAAAUUCUGCUGCUCGUCAACAAUGUGUGCAUCUUUGUCUCUGCAUCCGCAUUUUUUGCCGGCGAAACGGAAACGGCGCGGGAGCAUCGGCUCGUGAGACAUGUCUGCCUCUGCUUGGCGCUCCUAUUCGGCGCCAUCUCACGGGUCACCUCUGAAGCCCAGAAAAUCACCUUCACCAAAGACUGGAUUGUCGUCUUGACAGAGGCUAGCGAAGGCAAAAUACGACUAUCUACUCAAAAUACGAUCAUGGUUGUCUGUGACCACGUGGCUAACGUCAUCGCUCCAAUCUCCGCGGGUUUCCUGAUUGAUCACAAUAGUCUCAAGGUGGUCUGCCUCUUCAAUAUCAUCUGGAAUAUGCUGUCAUGGAUUCUAGAGGGUGGGGUGCUGUAUUGGGUCUACCAAAAGACUGGGUUGUUGCACACGAAGAACGGUGGCAAAUUCGAGGUGGAUGAGCGGCCAGUCUGUGGUGUUGCCGCGUUCAGGGCGUAUUAUAGACAGAGCUGUCUUAAGGCGGCGCUUGGACUAGCCUUCUUGUACAUGACGGUACUUGGAUUUGAUAACCUGGCUGUAUCAUAUGGAGUGCAUCAAGGAGUGUCGGCUACGAACCUUGCCUUUUUGAGGGCCUCUGGAGCGGUUCUUGGCAUCCUCGGCACAUUUUCAUACGGUGGAAUGGCACCGUGGAUUGGCGUACUUUGGACUGCGCUGAUUGGACUUUUCCUUCAAAACAUCGCUAUCAGCGUCAGCGGAGCCUCAACCUUCCUCCCCGGGAAUGCUUUCAAUGCUUCUGGCUACAUUUCCGACUUAUCCGUCGAGACAUUCGGUGAUACGAUUCUGCAAGGAAUCUCGAGCGGUGGAACGAUGCAAAAUGUUGAUAAGGCGACGACGUUGCCCUUCUUCCAGUUGCCACUGUCGAUCAUCCUUUUCUUUACUGGAAUCACGGCUGCUCGUUUUGGUCUUUGGAUUGCCGAUCCCGCCAUUACGCAAAUUAUGCAAGAAACGAUUCCGGAGCGCGAGCGCUACACUGUUUUCGGAGUUCAGACGGCCAUCUGCGAGUUGUUCUCGGUGAUCAAGGAUAUGCUGGUCAUUCUUUUCCCGACGGUGCAGAUGUUCGGAGCGCUUUCCCUCUUGUCUUGCGGUUUCGUUUUCACCGGGUUCCUGCUCUACAUUUCGCACUUCCUGACGAAUAUUGUGCAAACGAAGAAGAAGCGUGAGCCAUCGAUUGCCAUGGUGCAGCCGGCUGCCGAGUCCGUUCCCCUCGCCUCGAUCGAAGAGCUUGAG